GGUUUUGAUGCUUUGUUGGUUCUUUAAAGCUGCAUAUACCUGUCGUCGAGUAUCCAACCGCUAGAACCUUUUACCUUGGGUAUAUUCUAGAUACUCUGGUUAUUUAUUCGAGAGACACUAAAAAUAAAAUCGAAGCCAAAAUGAUAGACCAGUCUACCUAAAUCCAGUCAGCCUUCGCUAGGUUAACCCUCCGACCGUCAGUCGGGACUCUAACCACUCGCCUACGAUUAGCGUGCAGUUAGCACAGUGUCCACAUGCAAUGCUGCACCAGCCCCUCAUUCAUGUCGUCUCAAACUCCGCCACAGAUCAAGUCCCGGCCAGGUACCAUCUUCCUCACAGGCACCUCACAUGGCAGAGCCGCAGAGCAUAAACCCCGCCGAUUACACAUUGGCAUGGAUAUGCGCCCUGCCCCUGGAGCUGGCAGCCGCAGAGGCAAUCCUUGACGAACACGAUAGUUCCCCUUCCACCCCCGGUGCUGGAAGCGAUUACGUACUUGGAAAAAUUGCAGGCCACAAUGUCGUGGUCGGCUGUUUGCCUUCUGGCGUUUACGGUACAAACUCGGCAGCUGUGGCUGUGAGCCGUCUGUUGUCCACUUUCCCCAACGUCCGGUAUGGCCUUAUGGUCGGAAUCGGAGGCGGGGCGCCGAGCAGGACAGCGGAUAUUCGACUCGGGGAUAUAGUGGUGAGCAAACCUGUUGGCAGACUGGGGGGUGUGGUACAAUAUGAUCUGGGCAAGUCUGUCGGCGACGGGCGGUUCGAGCAAACCGGAUUUCUUAACCAGCCCCCGGCUGUUUUAUUGACAGCGGUUUCCAGGCUGGAAUCGGUGCAAAUUAGGUGGGGGCGCGGUUAUAUAUCUAAUGAAAUAUCGAGAGUGUUGGCGCACAACCCGAAUAUGAGGGCCAAGUUCUCGAGGCCCGUCCAGGAGGACCGGCUCUUCCGCGCAACCUAUUCCCAUCCAGAUGCAAGGACUUCUUGCUUGGAGUGCGAUGCCAGAGAGCAGGUUGAUCGACCUCCUCGACCAUCGAAAGACCCUCAGAUCCAUUACGGAAUCAUCGCCUCUGGAAAUCAAGUGGUCAAGGACGGUCACCAACGGGAUAGGAUUGCACAGCAAUUCGAUGCAAUUUGUUUUGAGAUGGAAGCCGCUGGGAUCAUGAACCAUCUCCCUUGCAUCGUGGUUCGUGGUAUAUGUGACUACUGUGACUCUCAUAAAAACAACGAGUGGCAGGGGUAUGCAGCCCUCGCGGCGGCAGCCUGUGCCAAAGAGCUUCUCACGUUUGUGGCUCUUUCCUCUCCUCCUUAUCAGUCGCCGGCUGGUGAGUGGAAGAGGGGCCAUUUUAUGGUCCCAUUUGAGCGCAAUCCGCGGUUUCAAGGCCGAGAAGACACAGUCCGUCAACUGGCGGACCAGGUACUCUCCAUAGAUCGCAACAAAGCCCGAAAAGCAGCUGUUUCAGGGCUGGGCGGAAUGGGGAAGACACAGGUUGCCCUUGAGCUCGCUUAUACAAUACGGCAACGAGAUCCUACACGCUCUAUCUUUUGGGUUCCCUCGACCAGUGUUGAAGCUGUGGAACAGGCAUUUCGAAGCCUUGCUCGGGUAUUAGGGCUACCGGAUGAUAGCUCUGAUGAUGUGAAAUCAACCGUGAAGACUCAUCUGACCUCCGGAAGCGCUGGCCCAUGGCUUCUGAUCAUUGACAAUGCAGAUGAUUCUGAUAUGUGGCUAACAUCGGGCACAUCCCCGGCCCUCAAGUCCUUUCUUCCGACUACUGGGCAAGGGUUUAUCCUGUUCACCUCGCGUAACAGGGCUCUAGUAUCUCGACUUGCUGGACCAAGCGUCAUUCAACUCCCUGAGAUGGACAAUGCCACGGCCGUGGCGUUGUUAAAAGAUUCCCUUAUUCAAAACGACCUGGUCGACGAUGAGAUGUCGACUGCCACUCUCGUUAACAGAUUAUGUGGUCUUCCAUUGGCUCUGAUUCAGGCCUCGAGCUUCAUUAACGAGAACUUUAUUUCUUUGCAUGCAUAUUUGAACCUCUUAGAUCAACAAGAAGAAAGCGUGAUCGAACUUCUCAGCGAACACUUCGAGGACGAGUAUCGCUACCCAGACACUGAAAAUCCCGUGUCAGCGACAUGGCUAAUAUCCUUUCAUUCCAUCCAAAAGACCAAUGCACUUGCAGCAAGAUAUCUUACAUUCAUUGCGUGUAUCGAUUACAAGGAUAUUCCGUUAUCCCUCCUCCCAGAAGCAGACACACAACUCGAAAAAGAAAAGGCCCUGGGUACGCUCAGAGCAUAUUCGUUUAUCUCCCAACAAGCAAAGAGCGAAUUUGCAACUAUGCACCGCCUUGUUCAUCUGGCCACCAGGAAUUGGUUGCGGAACGAAGGCACCCUGUCUGAAUGCACGAUAGCUGCGGGUGAGCACCUCAGCAGAGUAUUCCCCAAAGGCAAUCACGAGGAAAGAAGACUAUGGCGGAUGUAUCUCCCGCACGCUCAGGUUCUGCUCGAAAGAGACGAGUUUGAACCUGAUGAGGAUGUCAAAAACUAUCUCGCCGGGAAUGUAGGGAGAUGCCUUGCGGAAGACGGACGAUACAAUGAUGCAGAGCAUGUGUUAUUAAAGUGUGUGGCUUCUAGGCGCGAGCGGCUGGAUUCAAACGACCCGAGGCUUCUCUGGAGCCUCACAGAGCUGACAAGAGUAUACUGGGGCCUGCGAAGAUAUAGCGAAGCCGGGGACACUUCAAUGCAAGUGUUGCACUCAAGGCAGGCUGUACUAGGUGAUAGCCACCCGGAUACUUUGACCAGCAAGCAUAAUCUUGCAGACAUCAUGUACCGCCAGGGUCGAUUGGAAGAGGCUGAAACGAUUCACCGACAGGUAUUACAGCAACAGAUGUCUGUAUUAGGCGGUCGAGACCCUGCAACCAUUCAAACCAUGUCCGCUCUUGGGACGGUGCUAUUUGAUAGAGGGCGGUUGCAAGAGGCUGAGGAGCUUCAAGUUCAGGCGGUAGAGCUACGCAAGGCUAUAUUGGGCCCUGAGCACCCUUAUACACUUAAUAGCAUGGGGUCCCUGGCAACAAGUUUAAGUAAAUUGGGAAGACUGUUAGAAGCAGAAGAGCUUCAACUCAGGGUGUACAAGGCACAAAAGACUAUACUCGGUGAUAAUCAUCCAAGCACGCUCGUCAAUAUGGGUAAUCUGGCGUCCAUCUACCAUGGACUGAACCGGCUCGCGGAAUCAGGAGAGCUUUACGCUCAGAUUCUGGAAAUAAGAAGGGCCACUUUAGGCCCUGACCACCCGGAUACGUGGAGAAGUAUGGGAAAUGUGGCCAUCAAUUUCCGAGCCCAAGGACGAUUAGCAGAUGCGGAGGAUCUUGCGCUCCAGACUUUGGAUGUCAGGAAAACUAAGCUAGGAGCUACCCAUCGAGAUACACUGACGAGCAUGAGUAUUCUGGCCCAUGUUCGGAAAGACCAAGGACGUCUCGACGACGCUGUGGCCUUACUCUCCGAAUGUGCUGAGCUGCGGGGAAGCCGCCUUGGACCCGAGCAUUGGGAUACGAUUUCUGCUGAGUUGCAAUUAGAGUCAUGGCGGCAGGAAUUGCACAACAAGUCCCCUCCGGAUUAUAUGGACACGGAGCAGGAAGGUGAGGCCUCUUAGAUGCCCAGGAGCAGUCGAGGGCGGCCUGAAGCCUAAUCACAGCGCAAUUUACUAUUCACGACCUAUGUAUCAUGGUAAUCCGGCAGUUUCUUGCAAUAGCUACAGCAGCAGCCUCCAUUCGCAACAGUAUAUGACAUGGUGAUUACAAAGCGCAGAGAGUAUCCACUGGCGUUAUAUUUACGCUGUCCAGAAGCACAACCGGUUGUGUAUCAGAUUUAUACUUCAUGCCGCUCUAGUUUAAGCUCUUGGGGAUGUUUUAUUACAGCUCUGCCUUGGUCGAUGCUACAAUACAAGUUUCCAUCUGUAUAAAUA